AUGGAAAGUAGCCUCCGCCGCCUCGUCCGCAAGGCCCUCAACGCCCUCAGCCGGCGCCGUUCGCCCAUCGAGGUCCCGUCCGAUCCUCAGCCUACAGCCCGCGGCAGGAUGCGCACGACGCAGCCGGAGAUGUCGGAUGAGGAGUUCAUGGCCAAAAUCAUGGCAGACCUGGGGCACGAGGAUCCGCUGGGCAUGCACCCGACCUCGUACGUGGUCUGGCGCCGAACAAGUAGAUGUUCGGACGGCGAGACCCAGCGAGUUGAGUAUUACGUGGAAGAGAUUCUGGAGAACGAGCGUGGAGACGCGGAGGAAGAUGGAUAUGCGGACCAAAAUAGGAUCUCUGUUGUCUUCCAGCCACUUGUCCUUGGGGAUGAAGCUUCUAGUCGUAGAACUACGAUGCACGGUAUGCCGCUCAUCGGCGUGUUUCUUGAUGAGCAGCUUACUCAUGACACUCAUGACACUCACGACACUCACGACACUCAUGACACCCAGGAUCAGGACUCUCAGAAUGUCCAGGAUAUUGAACAACCACCCGUAUUUUCGUCAAUGUCCUACCGGCGCCGUGUUACCGCAAUCAGCGGUCCCGCGCGCUUCCCAAACCUCCCGGUGCCCAUGACCCAAAAGCCAGCAGUCUACGCUUACAUCCUCAAUGCCAAGGAGUCGGACUACGAAGAGGCGUUCGAAAACUCCCAGACUCUUCGUAGGAGACCUGCUCCGCGCGGUACCCGCUACGCCGCCGACGAUGCCUAG